UGGCGGCUGCUCACUUGCGGCCGCCGCGGAAUUUGCCCUUGUCCAACAUGGCGUCGCUGCCCUAUUACUUCCGCCGGCAGCUGCGUCAGUGUGCCCUCAGUGAAGAUGUCCGAGCGCAGCGUGGGGAGUGCGAGCUGUACCGGUGGCUGUGCUGAGGAUGCACCCCAAUGGCACACAGCGCCGAGUUCCUGUGUACAGCUUGAAUAAUCAGCUCCAUACCUGACUUCUCUUCAGGACUCACGGUUUUUGCUAAUAUUUCUAAUCUGACACUUUACCAAAGGCACUUCUGAGAGUUUCUCAGUGUUUUUUUACCAUGUAAACAGAGGUCAAAGGGCAGUGCUAUGUCCUGGGUACAAGUUGCAGUCAGCCAAUCCAGUGAGGAUAUAUUUGAUGAAGAUGCAGAUGAGAUGUAUCUACUACAGAAGGAAUGGAACAGCACUAUGAAAAAGAGAUUGAAGGAAGGCUAUAGGGAUGGAAUUGAGGCCGGGAAAGAACUUGCACUCCAGACAGGCUUUAAUCAAGGAUACAGACAUGGUGCCGAGCUGAUGAUUACAUGUGGCCAGUUCAAAGGAACCCUGAAUGCUCUCUUAUCCUGGUGUCAGUUCAAUGGACAUGAUUCUGCUUUAAGUACAAUAAAUGAUCUUCUUGAUGUGGUUGGAAAGCACGAAGAUGAGGUGCUUAAUUAUCUGAAUUCUACUGAAGAACAGCCACAUCUUGGACACAUUCUAGACUCAGUUCAGGACAUGGAUCUUAAUCACACAGCUGGGACAGAGUACAAAGAAGUUAAAGAUGGAAAACACGAAGACUGUGGCAGCUCCAAUGAAAGCAUUUGUAGGAAUAAUGGUGAGGUUGGUUCUUUUCAGUCUGAAUGCAGCAAGGCAAACAUCUGCACAGAUCCUGAAAAGUCAACCCUUGCUUGGGUUAAAAAGCAGACUGUUUGGUUAGUAGAGCAACUGGGCUUAUCACCGGAUGUACUCCAUCAUGUCCAGCAACUGGAACAUUAGUUCUUCUGUCUCACGGUACUUAAAACUAUCACAGCUGGUUUUGAUUCUUAGUUUGUGGGCCAUGUGCAAGCUGAUGCAUCACUUUUGUUUUAGGAAAAUCUGAUUUUGAUAUUUUGAUGCUUUACGGUAGAAGUGAUUUUUGUAAAUCUUCACCAUGAUUUUGGUUCCUGGCAAAAUCCUUCAUUUGCAAUCUUACUGCCCCUUUCUGUGAAUGUUAUCUUUGACUUUAAAACUUUACAAAGAGUUACUAAACAUGUUUCUGUUUUGUGUCAGGAGCUCCCAUUUCACCCUCAUUUUUUUCUUGGCAGCAAUUUGGAAAUGAAGUGGAUCCAUUAAAUAGCCCCUCUAACUUGGUCCUGUCCAGUAUCAAAAGAAUAAAUUCUCAGUGCUGUGGAAAUGCUCAGUGUUUUGGAGAAUAAGUUGUCGUUGAUGAUAUGCUGUGUGCAGAAUAGAACAUGAUGUGCUGCUGAUUCCUAGAGUGCUGGGACUGUCUAGUAACCUUUUGGCAAAUUCUUUGUGUUAUCUUUUGUACCCAUGAUGCAAUGCACCUUCACUGUUAAAAACUAUUUUCCCCUCCUUAUAUAGUUAUAUAUGUCACUUUUGCUGAAAACACACCAUUCUUCUCAAAUGCAGAAUUGCUGACGAUCCCAUUAUUUUACUCUUAGACAUCCAUUCUUACCAUGUCAGACCACACUAAACAUGUUUCCAGUCUAAUGAACAUCCUUGUGUUAUUUUUGUAUUUAUUUUGUCAGUCGUUCUAGCCUGAACUCUUUCCCACCUUCCAACAGUGUUUUUCUCAAACUCUCCAAGGAAGCCAAGGUUAUUCACUGCCUCUUAAAAACACAUCAGCCACACAUGGCUAUUUCUGAUCAUUUAAUAUUUCUGUAAUUAUUCUAUGUUUCACUUGCUUUCCCGUUGCUUCCUAUAGCUGUAAAUAGUUCUGUUCAGGAAGGUUUUUCUUUGUGAAUGCUUCUGUUUUACAUUAAUUAAACUGAUUUAUAGUAAGUUACCA